AUGUCCGACAAACCUCAACAAGGCCCUCCGACGGCCUAUCCAUCCACCUCGCUCAAGAAGCAAGACCAAGAAGGCAGUAAAGGUCUAGAUGCGAAGCUCGAGCCAGGCGCAAACUGGACUCAACUCGAGUUCUGGGACGACGAGGGCACUUCACCUUACUUAAAGGACUACGAGGGCCGCGGCCUGCUCAAGGACAAGGCUGUCUUGAUCACUGGCGGCGAUUCAGGCAUCGGUCGAAGCGUAGCGAUUCUCAUGGCCCGCGAAGGCGCCGACAUCACCAUCGUGUACCUCGAAGAAGAAGAACCUGAUGCGAAAUGGACAAAGUCCCAAAUCGAAAAAGCUGGUCGACAAUGCCAACUCCUCGCUCUCGACAUCACGUCUGAAGACAACUGUCGCAAAGCGAUUGACGCGCACUUGAGCAAAUUCGGCAAAUUGAGUGUGCUGGUGAACAACGCUGCCAUGCAGGAAAUCUGUGAGGACCAUUCACAGAUCGACCUGGGCGUGGUGGAGAGGACGUUCCGCACCAACGUGCUCAGCAUGUUCGCCAUGACCAAGUUCGCCUUGCCGCACAUGAAGCGAGGGUGCAGUAUUGUCAACUCGUGCAGUGUCGCCGCGUACAUGGGCAAUCCGAAACUGGUGGACUACUCUUCGACCAAGGGCGCCAUCUCGACCUUCACGAGGAGUCUGGCUCAGCAGCUCGCACCGAAGGGAAUAAGGGUCAACGCUGUGGCUCCGGGCAUCAUAUGGACGCCUCUUCAACCCGCGACAAAGGGAAACCCACCUGAGGCCAUGGACAGCUUGGGCGUUUCUGAGGCACCGCUUCAAAGACCAGGAAUGCCGAUCGAGGUUGCGACUGCGUACGUGUUUCUUGCGAGUCCGCUGGCGAGUUAUUUCACGGGAGAGGUCAUUCAUGGAACCGGGGGAAUAGAGAUGCAGGGCUGA